GCGAGGCUCGACCGUAUGAACUUUAGCAAGCCGUUACGCAAAGGUCUCACUGGCCGACUACCCAUCUUGUGCGCCCAGGUGUCUCUGAAGGAGACCACCUCCUCCCAGCGUGCCUUGGAGAGCCAGCUGAUGAGCGCCCGCAACGUCGACUCGAGCCGCGACUUCCGGAUGCGGGAGUUGGAAGGACGCAUCAGGGCUCUGGAGAAGGAGAACGAAAUUCUCCGACAGAAGCAAUUAGGCCAAUCUAACAGCAGCACGCUGCACAUCAAGACCGAGGAGCUGUCGCGGCAAUUCAACGAGCAGCUCAGCAUCAUGAAACAGGAGAAGGAGCAAGAGAUCCAGCGGCUGCGGACUCAGAUUACGAGGCUCCAGACGGAGAUCACCACCGAGAGGACGUCAUCCGCAUCGGAGAAGACCCUCCAGCUGAAGAUCUCGGAGCUCCUCGCCAUGCUGGAGCAGCGGCAGACCACCAUCACCAGACAGGAGGAGGUCUGUGACAACAUACGCGCUCAUGUAGCAUUUCCAACUUAAGGGAUCUAAGAUCAGGUAUCGGUAUCGGUCCGAUACUGGGCUUAUUUGAAGUAGAAUGUUGUUUGCGGAGGCUGCUGAAAAUCAAGUAAGUGUUCAUUGGCAGUAACUGGCGCUAUACUGCAGCAGUUUGACACAUUGGCAAACUAUCCUCUCCAUCAGCAAGAAAAGUCUUUGUUCACAAUUUUUCGUCAUCGUGUUCAAUGAAAUUUUCUACAUGAAAAGUGAAUGUGGUCAUCGGUAAGUACUUAAAGAGUGAAUAACCGUAGUGGUAUCGGUCUGGAACAAAGUGGUGUUGAACAUCUCUAAUCAACUUUUGAGGCAAUAACGCACCCCCAUCAACAAAAGCAAACGAAAGAAAGAGUAGACUCUUUUUUGCACCAGAAAAAAAUGUUAGUUUCUAUCUUGAUCCGAACUUUGGCAAAUCAGUCGUGAA